AUGGAUAAGUCGUGGAUUUGGCUUCCAAGGAAUAGCCACGAGUAUUCAGAAGGAGCAACUAAUUUUGUGAAUUCGUCCGCAAAAAGAUUGGGAAGUCUGUCUGAAAUGCUAUGCCCUUGUAGAGACUGCCGCAAUCUGAGCCAUCAGUCACUGGAUAAAAUUGUGGAGCAUUUGGUGAUUAGGGGUAUGGAUAAGAAGUAUAAGAGUUCUCGUUGGAGUAUUCAUGGAGAAAAAAGAGAUUCUGCAGAAGACAGUGUUCUUCAAUAUGAAACAGAGGCGUUUGAUUUGUUUAAGACAAUAUUCUCCAUGGACGAAGGUGGUCCAAACCCGACAACUGACAACGAAGACGAUGAAGCACCAGAGGAAAUUGAGUUUAAGAAAAAGCUCAGAGACGCUCAAACGCCAUUAUACUCGGAUUGUCUCAAGCACACAAAGGUUUCAGCUAUCAUGGGACUUUACAGAUUCAAGGUUAAAAGUGGUGUGUCGGAGAACUACUUUGAUCAGCUGUUGGUUUUACUUGAGGAUUUGCUACCUGAAGACAAUGUUCUUCCCAAGAGUUUAGCUGCAAUCAAGAAAUUUCUGAAGAUCUUUGGGUUCGGCUACGACAGUAUUCAUGCUUGCAAGAAUGAUUGCAUAUUGUAUAGGAAGGAGUAUGAGAACCUAGAAAGCUGUCCAAGAUGCAAAGUUUCAAGAUGGGAAAUGGAUAAGCACAGUAAUGAGUUAAAGGUGGGGAUUCCGGCAAAGGUCCUUAGAUAUUUUCCAAUCAAGGACAGGUUUAGGAGGAUGUUUAGAUCACAAAGGAUGGCUGAAGAUCUGCGUUGGCACUAUACCAAUGCCACUGAAGAUGGUACAAUGCGGCACCCUGUUGAUUCUAUCUCUUGGGCACAAGUGAAUGCUAAAUGGCCAGACUUUGCUGCUGAUCCACGGAAUCUUCGACUUGGGAUUUCUACAGAUGGGAUGAACCCUUUCUCCAUGCAAAGCACCAAUCACAGCACAUGGCCAGUGUUGUUAGUGAACUAUAACACGCCUCCAACCAUGUGUAUGAAGGCUGAGAAUAUAAUGCUGACUUUGUUGAUCCCUGGUCCUACUGCUCCUGGUAACAACAUUGAUGUUUACCUAGCACCACUGAUAGACGAUCUAAAGGAUUUGUGGGCUGAGGGUAUUGAAGUGUAUGACUCAUUUGCGAAGGAGAACUUUAAUCUCAGAGCCUUGCUGCUUUGGAGUAUCAGUGACUAUCCAGCCUUAGGAACACUGUCUGGAUGUAAAGUAAAGGGGAAACAAGCCUGCAAUGUAUGUGGAAAGGAUACACCUGCAAGGUGGCUUAAGUUUAGCCGCAAGUUUGUCUACAUGAGUAACAGAAGGAGACUACCGCCUGGCCAUCGUUACAGAUAUAAAAAAGCUUGGUUUGACAACACUGUGGAGGAAGGGAAUGCUAAUAGGAUACAAACAGGCGCUGAGAUAUAUGAGACACUACAAGCUUUUACGAAUGAUUUUGGUAGACCUCUAGAGAAGGAAAAAAAAAGGAAAAGACUAGAGUUGGAAGAUGAUGAGAGGUUACAAGAAGAAGAGUGUGAAGAAUCAAAUGAACUAUGGCGGUGGAAGAAGAGAUCAAUAUUCUUUGAUCUACCUUACUGGAAGGAGUUGCCUGUUCGUCACAAUAUUGAUGUUAUGCAUUGUCUCUGUUGA